UCUUGUUCAGCUCGCCAACAUAACAGACAACUUUUCCUCCAUAGUUGUGACUUGGGAGUCCAGAGUUCGAGAGCCGGUUUGUCUUCUUAUACCAUGGCGUAGACGUUUAACUACAAAAUCGAUAUCUUGAAUGAACUGUUUGCUUGCCCAUGUGCCGAGUUUGCUGUCCAAGAUCUAAAUAACCUUUCACUGUCAGAUAUUCUUCUCUUCUGCUUCAAACCCUUCUGAUUGAAAACUCCAUUCCCACUUCAAAAUUUAUUACUCCGUGCAUAUACAAUUCUUAACUCGCCAAGCUCGUUUAUAUCCGAAACCCUCUCUGGAUUCUAAAUGCCUUGAUUCUUGUGUUAAACUAUGGCCAAGUUUCUUCGAUUUCUCUCUGCUUUUAUCUUUCUUUCAAUCCCGGUUUCAUCCCAGAUCACCGAGCUGUUCUUUCCUGGAUUUAGUGAUGUGGGCACCAACAUAACCUUAAAUGGCGUCGCCGAAAUCCAAAAAACAGGCAUUCUUAAAUUAACCAACGACACCACUCGGUUAAUGGGCCAUGCCUUCUAUACCUCUCCAUUUCAGUUCAAGAACUCCACCAACGGUAAGGCUUUCUCUUUCUCCUCCUCGUUUGCUUUUGUUACUGUCCCCGAGUACCCGAAGCUCGGAGGCCAUGGCCUGGCUUUCACAAUAUCGACCUCCAAGGAUCUUAAAGCUCUGCCCAGCCAGUAUCUGGGCCUCCUUAAUGCCAGCGAUGUCGGAAAUUUCUCCAACCAUCUUUUCGCAGUUGAAUUCGACACUGUCCAAGACUUCGAGUUCGGAGACAUAAACGACAACCAUGUUGGCAUUGAUAUCAAUAGCUUACAAUCCAACGCCUCCGCCGCCGCUGCAUAUUUCACCGAUGAUUCAACCAAACAAGAUCUUUACCUCAAGAGUGGGAAACCUAUUCAAGUGUGGAUCGACUACGAUUCAGCUGAACAUGUUGUCAAUGUUACGAUUUCGCCAUUUUCUUUAAAACCCAGAAAGCCAAUCUUGUCAUUUCCUGUAGAUCUCUCUCCGAUCCUUGAAGAAUUUAUGUUCGUUGGGUUCUCUGCUUCAACGGGUUUGCUCGCUAGCUCACACUACAUAUUGGGUUGGAGCUUCAAGAUUAACGGGCAAGCUCCCGCCCUUGAUCUCUCUUCACUGCCUUCGCUACCGGGACCCAAGAAGAAGCACACGGCUCUAACAGUAGGAGUUUCUGUUGUAGCUAUUGCUCUUGCAGUAUCUGCAAUCUCUAUUUCGAUUUACCUGUUUAGGAAAAUAAAAAACGCCGACGUAAUCGAAGACUGGGAGCUCGAACUUGGCCCGCAUCGGUACUCUUACCAAGAACUGAAGAAAGCAACCCAUAGUUUCAGAGACAAAGAGCUACUUGGGCAUGGUGGGUUCGGUCGAGUUUACAAAGGGACGCUUCCAAAUUCGAAGACCCAAGUUGCGGUUAAGAGAAUCUCGCACGAUUCCAAACAGGGUCUUCGUGAAUUCGUGGCGGAAAUUGCUAGCAUUGGGCGGCUUCGUCACCGGAAUUUGGUUCAAUUAUUGGGUUGGUGUCGUAGACGAGGCGAUCUUCUUCUUGUGUAUGAUUUUAUGGCUAAUGGGAGCUUAGAUAAGGUCUUGUUUGAUGAGCCAAAGGCAAUCCUCAGUUGGGAGCAAAGGUUCAAGAUCAUCAAGGGAGUCGCUUCUGGGCUUCUGUACUUACACGAGGGCUACGAACAGGUUGUGAUACAUAGAGAUGUGAAGGCUAGCAACGUAUUGCUCGACAGUGAACUCAACGGAAGAUUAGGAGAUUUCGGGCUUGCAAAAUUGUACGAACACGGUACGAACCCGAGCACAACGCGGGUGGUGGGCACUCUAGGCUAUCUUGCACCAGAGCUGUCGAGAACAGGCAAGGCCACAACAUGCUCUGAUGUGUUUGCAUUUGGUGCAUUUUUGCUCGAGGUUGCUUGUGGGCGCAGGCCCAUUGAGCACAAGGCGAUGCCUGAAGAGUUGAGUUUGGUGGAUUGGGUGUGGGACAGAUUCAUAGAAGGAAAUGUCCUUAAUGUGAUUGACCCUAAGCUGAAUGGGCAGUAUAAUGAGGAUGAGGUGGUGAAGGUGUUGAAACUGGGGCUAAUGUGUUCAAAUAAUGCGCCAAUUGCACGGCCAAGCAUGAGGCAAGUGGUUAGAUAUUUGGAAGGAGAGGCUGAGAUCUCGGAGGACUUGAGGACGCCAGGUGAUUACAAUGGAGGGAAGGGUCAUGUGGAGGGAUUCGAGGAGUUUCUGCACUCCUUUGCAGCUUCUUCCUAUGACAGGAUGAGGUCCUAUUCUUUCAAUAGGACCAGAGAUGUCCAUGCUAGUUUUGCUUCACUUUCAACUUCUCUCUCUCUUCUCAAUGGCAGAAGGGAAACUAGGUAGUGAAUUCCUCGUCUUUUGUUUCUUGUGAGGUUUCUGUUUGGUUUAGUGGAAAAUUUUCGAAAGAAAUAUGUUGCAGAUAAACAAAAAAUAUAGAAUUCAUAUGCAAAGGGUUCAGUUCUUCAGAUCAUAUACACAGUUAUGCUUUUGUU